CUGACACAGUCGAGGCACAACUUAGAAAUAACAAUAACAAGAAGCUGAUAAUGGGAUACUUCCAAUGGCGGAUUUCACAAUAUUCAGCUUCGUGUUUUUCUUCCGCUUUGCCGUCUUUUCACAUUGUUAUUAUUUUGCUCUAUUGCUUUCUCUUCUCUUCCCCCCCUUGACAUUCACAUUCAGUAUGGUGACUCCCAAACCAAAUGCACCCCGUCUUCAGGAGCCAUAUAUUGGUAACAAAGAUAAUCCACGUUUUGAUUUUCCGGUGGAGGCCCAUGUUUUUACUUCUAGCUCCGGUUCCCAAGAUAGUAUCAAUGGCCAGAAUGCUUUUCAGUCUACAUCGGAUUAUGGCGACAUCAAUAUUAAAAAUAGAAAACUGGUUUCAAAAACUAUCAACAAAGAUACAGAGCCCCAAAUGGAUGAUUCAGGCUUGGAUAUUAUUUUUGAACCCUUUGAAAGAUCAUCAUCUGGAAGGUGGUUAAAGGGUGGCAAGACAUCACCAUUUGCUUUCCGAACUAUUUUGUCGAAUUUGAACCUUGAUUUGGAAGAUCUUGAUAAUAGAACAAAGAAACAUGAGGCUGGGACCUUUCAAGAAUGUCAGACUCCAGGCAACCCAGUUAGGUCCUGGAUUCAAAAGUCUUUUAUUGUGAAGAAAAGGAAAGAUGACUUCUCUGGCAUCUCACUUCCUCAGUCAGCAGCCUCAUUUUACAAUGGGUGGUCGCCAGUGAUGGAAGUUUCUGAAUCAUGUGAAAGCAUUGAACAGCUCAAUAUUUAUUUGAAAUCCAAAAGGGAUGAAGUCAAUGCAGGGGUCCCUGGAAGAUUUCUGCAUGUUGUGAUCGGAAAAGAUGUUUCAGAUGUUGGGUCAGUUGUUUCUACCAUCAUGUAUGCUUUCUACUUGAAUGAGACACACAAAUAUGAUGAGUUUUGCACCGUACCUGUUAUCAACAUGAAGAGAACGGAUCUAAACUCUCAUUCUGAACUUAAAUGGCUGCUCGGUUCCUGUCAGAUUGACACGUCAUCUUUGAUUUUUGUAGAUGAGAUCGACCUAUCAUAUUAUGAAUUAUUUGGAAGUCUUAAGGUAGUUCUACUAAACAGCUCCAAACUUCCUGCUAAACAAGAGCAAGCGUUAAAAGAGGCAGUUGUUGAAAUCUUUAACUGCAAUAAGGAUGAAUCUGUAUAUCCUUGGGUCGAGAAUAUUACAAUCCAACAGGUUUGGCAUUUUAUUAAGGCUUCUAUAAGCGAGGGACCAAAGGAAGAAUUUAACCUUUUUAGGGAUUUUAAGUUUCCAGAUCAGCUUCAACAAAGGAAAGGUGAAAGAAGGGGGCUUCCUAACAAUGUUAAGGAAGGUGGUCUUGGUGGUAAACUUCCCAGAGGCAUCAAUCUUCCAAUUGAUACAAUCACGACUGUCUUGAAGGGCCCAAGAGUUCAGGAUUUGUAA